UCGGCAGAGCGGAGAGGCGAUGGCGGUGCGCCUAUAAGACUCAUCAAGCAAAGUUUUCAGAGCUCUGAAAAAGUGUUUAGAUCCACGCCAGAAGGAAAGCCGUGAACUUUCAGAUCGUUGGCGGAAGACUGAAGCACGCGCGAGCCUGACUGCGGGAGCUGCUGUGUACGCGCGCGACGUGUCCUUGGCGACGGCUGAAUUUCGGGAGCCGCAGUUUGUGAACUUCGGAAAGUGAGAGCUAACGCGUUAGCACGACUCUUUAGCCUGACCGCUCAUGUAAAGUAACUUAGCUAGACAAAUAGUGGCUGUGUGGAUGUUUCUGUACUGGUAGACAUGUAAGUUAAUAAGUAACUUAACUUAGGUAGUGUACAAUCGUGUAUAUUUAGCUUGAUUCAUUCGCCUGGGAUGAGCAGGUACUUUGCACCUGUAGCGCCACACGGUGUAAAAACCCAAGCUCUUGCUAUGCUGUUUACCUUUUUGUAAAACAAGUAUUAAAUUAGUUGGCCUUUCAUGUUGAACUUGAAUGGACAUCCUAACAAUGUAGGUUUCACUCUAGAAUGUAAACAAAAAGUUAGCGUGACGUUAGCGAAUACACCGGCUAAUGCUGGUGUCACUUCUCACUCCCAGAUUGGUUAACUUAGCUGGCUUACGUGGAAACAAAGCAAUGCGUCUCUUAACCUCUAUUAAGCCGGAUUUAACCUGACCCACUCUCUAUUAAUGAUAUAAAGUGACCUGGCUGGGGUUGUUGAGAACUUUUUUUGUGUGUGUAUGUGCGCCAUUGCGGAAUACGGUUGUUUGACUAGGCUACUUUGAUUUGACAUCACGGCACCCUAUGGUGCUCCUGCAGGCACAGAGACAUGGAUGUUCCCCAGGCCGUUUUCCCAAACGGUGAGGGGCGCCUGAGCCUCCAAGACCAUGUCUGGACAGAGUCCUCCAACUCCAGGGCUUGGGCUCAUUCGGCCCCCGUGUGUCCCCGCUCGCUCUGGACCGCGGUGUUCGACUACGAGGCCAGCGGGGAAGACGAGCUCAGUCUGCGGCGAGGAGAUGUGGUGGAGGUCCUGUCGAAGGACGCUGCCAUCUCAGGAGACGAAGGCUGGUGGACUGGUAAAAUUAACCACCGCGUGGGCAUAUUCCCAUCUAAUUAUGUUACGUUCCAACCAGCCAUUUACAGAGCGGUUGGGGCUCGAGAAAGCGACCCGCCCGCGCCUGUUCGGAUACCCUUUUCUGAAUUGGUUCUACAAGAAAUUAUCGGCGUCGGUGGGUUUGGCAAAGUCUACCGGGGAACCUGGAAGGUGCAGGAGGUCGCGGUGAAGGCAGCUCGACAGGACCCUGAUGAGGACAUUAAAGCGACUGCGGACAGUGUAAAGCAAGAAGCCAAACUUUUCUCCAUGCUUCAACAUCCCAACAUUAUCAAACUGGAGGGGGUGUGUUUGGAGGAGCCCAACUUGUGUCUGGUCAUGGAAUAUGCCCGUGGAGGCACUCUGAACCGCGCUUUGACGAGCAGGAGGAUACCCCCUCACAUCCUCGUGAACUGGGCCGUCCAGAUCGCCAGAGGCAUGCAGUAUCUACACGAGGAGGCUGUGGUUUCCAUUAUCCACCGGGACCUGAAGUCCAGCAACAUUUUAUUACUUGAAAGAAUUGAGAAUGAUGACAUUGGUCGAAAAACCCUGAAGAUUACUGACUUUGGCCUUGCUCGUGAGUGGCACAAAACGACCAAAAUGAGUGCAGCUGGCACUUAUUCCUGGAUGGCUCCUGAAGUCAUCAAGUCUUCUCUGUUUUCCAAAGGGAGUGAUGUCUGGAGUUAUGGAGUCCUCCUUUGGGAAUUACUGACUGGAGAGAUUCCUUACCGUGGCAUUGAUGGUUUGGCAGUUGCCUAUGGUGUGGCCGUCAACAAAUUAACCCUUCCAAUUCCAUCUACCUGCCCAGAGCCUUUUGCCAAGCUCAUGGAAGAAUGCUGGGAGCAGGAUCCACAUAUCCGUCCAUCCUUUGCUGCCAUCUUGGAGCAGCUGACUGCCAUAGAGGAGGCCGUGAUGGCCACCAUGCCUCAGGAUUCCUUCCACUCAAUGCAGGAGGACUGGAGAGUGGAGAUCCAGGAGAUGUUUGAUGAGCUGCGCACUAAAGAAAAGGAGCUUCGUUCUCGUGAGGAGGAGCUGACGCGAGCAGCGCUUCAGCAGAAGUCUCAUGAAGAGCUGUUGAAGAGGAGGGAGCAGCAGCUGGCGGAGCGGGAGAUUAACGUGCUGGAGCGUGAGCUCAACAUCCUCAUCUUCCAACAAAACAAGGACAAGCCCAAUGUUAAGAAAAGGAAGGGCAAAUUCAAACGCAGCCGCCUCAAGCUCAAAGAUGGAAACCGCAUCAGCUUACCCUCAGAUUUUCAGCACAAAAUCACAGUUCAGGCCUCUCCAACGAUGGACAAGAGAAGAAGUCUCAAUAGCACAAACUCCAGCCCUCCCAGCAGCCCGACACUGAUCCCUCGCCUCCGAGCCAUUCAGUUGAGCCACAGAGGUGACACUAGCCGAAAGGGCAGUAUGUUUGUCUAUCACCAGGAUGUGGAUAUCACAAGCGAGUGUAAUCCUCCUAGCGGGUUUAGCAAGAAAGUGACCCUGGAUGAGAGCAACAGGACAUGGGGACGAAGCACCAAUUACAAACCAGAGGAGUUUGAAGAUGUUAAGAAAGGGUUUAAGAAGAAGGGUCGCACAUGGGGACCAAGCUCUGUGCAGACAAAGGAAAGAGGAAAUGGUGCUGAAAGAAUUCGACCUCUUUCAGAUGGAAGCAGUCCUUGGUCCACCAGUCUAUUGAAGUCUCAGAAGUCUGUUCCAUUAGCUGCAUUGUUUGCAGACCAGGGGACCAAUAAAGAUGAAGCAGGCUCUGCUGAUGCAUCCGACAACAAACCAAAGCAACUCAAGUUCCCCAACCAGGUGUAUAUCGAUCUACCUCUGUGGAAAGAUGAACCGGGGGAGAACCAGAGUUCAACAGGAGGAGGAGCCGAGAGCCAGGAGGACCCAACCACCUCCACCAGCUCCACCAGCACCACACCACAGCACACACCCACCAACAGCCUGAAGCGUAGCAACACCCGCUGCCGCACCGAUUCCAUUCUUUAUGGCUGCGCCUCGAUCCUGGCAUCCGUUGCGUUCGGCUUUGACCUGCGAGAGGUCUGUAAGAACCCUGCCAAUGAAGAACCUGAGCCUCGCGAGGACAAGAAGAAAAAAGAAGGCCUGUUUCAGCGCGCCACUCGCUUCCGCCGCAGCACCAGCCCUCCAGGCGGACGUUCGCGAAAAGAUGAGGUUUCCACGGCACCCGUAAACCUGCUCGCCAUGUCAUCUAUUUCUGAGUGCAACUCCACCAAGUGCCUCCUGCAGUCAGAUUUCGAGGGUCCUGGGUUUAACCUGGUGAAUGAGACGAGCAGUUCACAGAUGCCUCAGAAUAAUGGUGCUGGUGAAGGACUGCACUCAACACAUGUACAAGAGCUCACUUCUGGAGCCAACUCUCGACUGAGGAGAAAGAAGUCCAGUCCUGCUGUGUGCCAGAACGUCAAUGGAAGCAGUAACUUGCCAGUCAGUCCAGAUGAUUCUUCUAAAACUUCUGCAAAGAAGAAGGCUGACAAAGAGCCUCUUCAAGACAAGCAGACCUCUGGGGAAUCAGUAUCUCGACCCAGACCGCUUUCCCUCAGAGGCAAAUCUCACUCCUGGAGUCUUCUGAAGAGUCGCAAUAAGAGCUAUUCUCUGGGACACUACUCUGGGGAGAAGAGUGCCCAAAACCUGGACAUGCUGCUCCCCGCUGAGGUCAAAACCGGCUGCUCAUUACUGGACAUGGACACAGAGGGUCAAAAACGAGACUGCACCGUUCCCCUCUGCCGAAUACAGAGCACACCAAGUCGGGGGUCUGUAUUCGAACUGGAGAAACAGUUUUUAUCCUGAAAUAAGCUGCAUCUGGAACACAAUCCUGCUUUUGUUUAGAUUCUGCCUGUUCAACAUAACAUUUAGUGUUUUUUUUGUCCACGAUUAAAGGGAUAGUUCACCCAAAAAUGAAAACUGCUGUUAAUUUGCUUACUCCAGACAUUUUAGAUGUUGUUAGUGUAAGGUGCAUUAAUCUUGUUUCACCUGUAUGUUUUGUUUUGUUUUUGGACUCAAAGUGCAGGUAGCCAUUGACUUGAAUUUUAAGAGUGAUCAAGAGCAAGAAAUUCUGCUGAAUAUCUUCUUUACUGUUCUACUGAAGGAAAGAAAAGUCAGCUACAUCCUGGAUGACCUGAGGGUGAGUCAGUUAUCAACAAAAACAUUUUUAGGUGAACUUUUCCUCAAACAUCAUGGCCUUUGAUCAAUAUUUGAGCCAUUGCUGCUGGAUAUAUUCUGUGGUAUUUUUAUUUAUACGCUGUUUACCUUGCGAUGUAAUUUAAUAUGAAGUGACGUAUAUGAAGCGAAUGAUACGAACAUUCCACUGAACUUACAGUCGAGGUUUGCAGUUUUUACAAAGUGACUUGAUUUGUACGCAUUUACACAACGAUCAACAAUAUUCUGUUUAGAAACUACUGAUUUUGAAAGUGUUUGUGUUUUUGUCAUUCGAUCCUGUAUCAUGUAAUGUCAACUGAAAGGCAUAAACAGGGCCCACAGUGUUUGUAUAUGAAUACUAAUUGAUGUAGAGAUGAAGUGGCAUAGAUAAUGUGACUGACCAAACUAACAAAGCUUAUGUUUGCAAUACAGUGUGUUCAUGAAUCAACACAAUUUCCCUAAACAUCUACUAAUAGAUUACAUCCGUUUUUAUGUUGAAUUUCUUUAAAUUGAUUCCUGAACGAUGCUGAAAUAUUUAGAUGUUCGUCGUACUGCCAAAUAAUGAUAAAUCGAUCGGCUGUAUUGAUAUUGCCAUUAUAUAAUGAAUCAUUCCAGGCCACUCAAAGCCUAAUAUUUGAUAUAAAUCCACUCUAAAUCAAGCACCAGAAUGCUAGAUUUAUGCAUAUAGGUUUAUAAUUAUAUAAUUAUAUCAGGAGCCAUUGCACCUUUCUUAAAAUAUACUUCAAUUUGUUAUUUAGUUCACUAUCUUGCUUUUUGUUUUGUUUUUCUGUCACAUUUUGUCAAAGUACUGUUUAUAUACAUCUCUUCAAGAUGUGAUUCAGAACAAAUGGUUAUUUUGUGAUCUUAGGCUGUCAAAUGGAAGAAUACUGUAACUCUUGGUUUGUCGGAAAAGAUGUGUUUGAGAAAACGCUCUUACAGUAUUGAAAAGCUUUUCUUUUUAUGGUAGGGACUAGAAUUAUUUACUGUAACUAUUCAGAGUCAAUGUGCUGUCUGUUCAAAACACCUGUUAUGUGAUGUUGUUCCUUCAAAAUAUGUUUUGUAGCACUGGAAUUUGAGUCAUGUAAUGAUGGUUUCAGUGCAUCUGGAAAGUAGCGCUUCAUGCAAAGUAGCGCUUCACUUUCUCCACAUUUUUUUAUGUUACAGCCUUAUUCCAAAAUGGAUUAAAUUCAUUAAUUUCCUCAAGAUUCUACACACAAUACCCCAUAAUGACAAUGUGAAAAUAUAUUUUUUUAAAUUGUUGCAAAUUUAUUAAAAAUAAACAACCUGAAAAAUCACAUGUACAUAAGUAUUCACAGCCUUUGCCGUAAAGCUCUAAAUUGAGCUCAGGUACAUUCUGUUUCCACUGAUCAUUCUUGAGAUGUUUCAGCAGCAGGAACUGGAAGACUAGUCCGGAUAGAGGGAAAGAUGAAUGCAGCAAUGUACAGAGACAUCCUGAAUGAAAACCUACUUCAGAGUGCUCUUGACCUCAGACUGGGGUGACGGUUCAUCUUCCAGCAGGACAAUGAACCAAAGCACACGGCCAAUAUAUCAAUGGAGUUGCUUCACAACAACUCGGUGAAUGUCCUUGAGUGGCCCAGCCAGAGCCCAGAGCUAAAUCCUAUUGAACAUCUCUGAAGAGAUCUGAAAAUUGCUGUACACUGUUGCUUCCCAUCCAACCUGAUAGAGCUUGAGAAGUACUGCAAAGAGGAAUGGGAAAAAAUUCCCAAAGACAGCUGUGCCAAGCUUGUGACAUCAUAUUCAAAAAGACUUGAGGCUGUAAUUGCUGCCAAAGGUGCAUCAACAAAGUAUUGA